AUGUCUUCAGCCCUCGAUUGGCUAGAUAUCAUUGACAGGGAAACCCACUCCGAUCUAUCUUCACCCCUUUCGAGCCUUGCCCACAGCAGCGCGCUCAAGGUCUUUCCUAGCAGAAGAGCUAGUGAUGCAGCGCCAUCUGAAGCAGGCCUAAAUCUACCGCAUAUCUCGCUGAUUAGAUAUGCCGGCUUGGAUCAGGAAGCCCAAAAUGGCUGGUCUACGGGUGAAAGAUACUUAUUGAAUCACUUCCUCCAGUCUGUGGCCCGUUCCAUGUCGAUGGCUGAAGAUAAGUAUAACCCAUUCAUCCGUCUAAUCGUGCCAUUGGCGUUUGAGAGCACAGGAGUAAGAAAUGCCCUGGUCGCGCUUUCUGCUACGCAUUUGUCAAAGAUAUACCCAGACUUUGAGAAGGACCACCUGCUACAUCGAAACCUAGCUCUGGAAGAUCUGAAAUGGCGGCUUGAGAGUCCGGAGAGCGUAAUAUCAAAUCUUACAACGACACUGCUUCUAUGUUUGUCCGAGGUCUGCGAAUGCCAUUCUAAAAGGUGGCUGCUUUAUCUUUAUGGUGCCCGAGCCCUCCUACCACAAGUUGUCCGUGGUGCGCCAGGAGCAUUAGAAGAUUUCCUCAUCGACUUGUAUAACUACAUCUGCUGUGUCAGCUCUGUGACCUCGCCGGAUGUUCCUCAUGUUUGGGGCAAGAGGUUUGGCCUUUACAGAUCUAAUGCGACCCAUGCUCUGUUUGGCUGCGAGCCGGGCUUAUACAUGUGCCUAGCCCGCAUCAACCGAUUUCUUCAUCAGCGAUCACGUCUGAAGACUCGGGAAUCCCUUGAUGCACUACAGUGUAAGGUUCUGGCGAUGGAGGCAAAACUGCAAAAUUGGGAAAGCCUUCGUGACAUUGAAUCGGAGGAGAAAGCAGCUGCCUGCACUCUACGCUGGGCAAUGAUUCUGCGGCUGCGUGAAGUUAAGUGGCCCAGCCUCGAGACGGCAAGCUCACAGAUACAAGAACCCGUCAGCAACAUAAACCUAGCGCUCUCGUUAAUCCGACCAGGCUCACAGGCUGAGUCUCACCUAUUGUUUCCGAUGUUUAUGGCCGGGGUGGGAAGCAUUUCGAAGGCUAGCAGACUGUUCAUCGAAUAUCGGAUCCACGUUGCAGAAAAGACGAAUGGGUUUGGCUCAGUCAACGCCGUGCAUCGUCUUCUUGAUAUUCUAUGGCGCAGCGAAAACAAUGGGGGUGAAGCGGGCGCAUGGCAAGAUAUUGUAGCUGGAGAAAUGCCAGGAUUGGUAUUAUUCUGA